CCAGCGGCACCAAUAAGUCAGCAGCGAUUAAACUUGGUGCGUUUUUUCGCUGUUAAGCGAGGGCGCGUGGGAAAAAGGUUUCACACUGGGUGACUUCAAUGACGUGAUCAAGUGGACUUGGACUGGCAUUGGACUGUAUUGUAUAUUGUUCCAACGGGUUGUUCAAGAAAACGUGUUUGAUGGCACGCGUCAGAAAGGAAGUGACACCCCUAGAGUGCAAGGAUGAAAAUGGGAUGUGCUGCUUUACCUAGGUCGAGACACAAGUUCUACCUAUUUUUCGUGUCAUUGUUCAUUGUGUCUGUGCUGAAGCUUGUCUACGUGAAAGUUUUAGUGAGAAAGAGAUUCUACGUUGAGCCCUAUGGAAUUACAGUAAGCUCAUCCAAAGCUCAGCCUAACAAAGAUGCCAUUGACUGCACAGCCAUUUAUCAGCUGGAUCCAGUGGAAAUUGGCAAGUCUUUGGAGAUAAGACGUAGAGACAUUGUGGAUUUGGAUGAUGAGAGUAUUGUGUCCUUUACUGCGGACUGUCCCAGAUACAUCGAAGCAAGGGGCUACAGUGGCAUCGCUGUGACUGACGAGGAGCAAAACUUUCCACUGGCGUACUCUUUAGUAGUGCAUAAGAACAUACCCAUGGUGGAAAGGAUUAUCAGAGCCAUCUAUGCACCACACAACAUUUAUUGCAUUCAUUAUGAUCAGAAGUCCUCCAAAAGCUUCAUCGCAGCAGUGACCAACCUGGCCAAAUGUUUUCCAAACAUAAUCAUCGCCUCCAAACUGGAGUCAGUGCAGUAUGCGCACGUCACAAGACUCAAUGCGGAUCUCAAUUGCCUGUCAGACUUAAUGAGUUCAGAGGUCAAAUGGAAGUAUGCUAUCAAUCUGUGUGGGCAAGACUUCCCACUCAGGUCCAACUAUGAGCUGGUGGAGGAGCUAAAGAAGCUAAAAGGGGCAAACAUGCUGGAGUCAAGCCGACCCAGCGAGCUAAAGAAACAGCGCUUCGUCUUUCAGCAUGAACUGAAGGAGGUCCCAUAUGAGUAUCAGAAAUUACCCAUUAGGACUACACAUGCUAAAAGACCCCCGCCACAUGGCAUUGAGAUGUUUAUUGGAAGUGCCUACUUUGUCCUUUCACGUGAUUUUGUCCAUUAUGUUCAGACUAGCCAGGUAGCAAAAGAAUUCCUAGAGUGGUCAGCUGACACAUACUCUCCAGACGAGCACUUUUGGGCCACGCUGGUACGAGUGCCUGGGGUGCCAGGAGAGAUCCCCCGAUCUGAGCCUGAUGUGACUGACUUGAAGAGCAAGACCCGCCUGGUGAAAUGGAACUACCUGGAAGGGACUUUGUAUCCAUCCUGCACUGGAAUACAUAUGCGCAGUGUUUGUAUCUAUGGUGCUGCAGAACUCCGGUGGCUCCUGAACUACGGCCACUGGUUUGCAAACAAGUUUGAUCCCAAAGUUGACCCUGUCCUUAUUAAAUGUCUCGAGGAGAAACUUGAGGAGAAAAGAAUUAGACACUGGUUGAACACAGUCUCUUGAAGCAUUUAGGGUUCUUAUUUAUCUCAUUAUUUAUGGAUCUACAAGUAUGUAGAUUUGAUUCCGUACUUGUUUAGAGCUCUUACCCAACUUGUGAAAUGUCCUUUAUAAUUCAAAAAAAGUUUGUGCACAGAUUGAUAGACAGAGAACAGUCAAAGCAUAUUGCUAACAACAUCAAAAAAAUAAGGCAAUGUUUAAUGGUUGAGAUGAAUGGAUUAUUUUAAGUGCCUUUCUGAUUCUUCAUGAAGUAAAAUAUGGAUUUGUUUUACUUCGCCUUGCUAACAAUCUAUGAAAUACUUUCUUAAGCAACAAUGCUAAAUGUAAAUGUUAAAAGCUCUAUCAAAAGCACUACCUCACCUCAGUGAUCUUAAUGCUAAAAAUAUGUAUGUUAUUGUGUCAUGAAGUGCCCCUUCCUUCUGUGCAAAGCAUCAACAAUCUGUAUGUUAAAUGCUGUAAGAGAACCUCUCUUUUCUCUGUUCUUAUGCAAAACACUUGCUGCAUUUUUUGUCUCGGUUGCACAAAUGAGAUAAUGUGUCUCUUAUUUUAAUAAAGAUCA